AUGGAUCACCUUGGAAAGGAGUUGUCACUGAUGCCCUUCAUUGUUUUGCAGGAGUCCAGAAACUCCAACAAGUAUUUCCACGAGGAUAACAUGGCCAUCACAUCUGGGAACCUGUUCGCUGCAGGGACUGAGACCACCUCUACCACCCUACGCUGGGGGCUGCUGCUCAUGAUGAAGUACCCCCACAUUCAGGACAAAGUUCAGGAGGAGAUUGAGAGUGUGAUUGGGAGGGAACGCCCCCCGCAGGCCGAAGACAGGAAGAGCUGUAAACCUUUGCCCUACAUGGAUGCCGUGCUGCAUGAGAUCCAGAGAGUGGGCAACGUGGUGCCCAUGAACCUGCUGCACGAGACCACAGGGGACACCACCUUCCGGGGGUACAGGAUACCCAAGGGUACCCCGGUGAUCCCGCUGCUCUCCUCCGUGCUCUCUGAUAAGACACAGUGGGAGACCCCUCACCAGUUCAACCCCAACCACUUCCUGGACGCGCAGGGCAAGUUUGUCAAGAGAGACGCCUUCAUGCCCUUCUCAGCAGGUCGGAGGGUGUGUCUUGGAGAGACCCUUGCCAAGAUGGAGCUCUUCCUCUUCUUCACCAUGCUCCUGCAGAAGUUUCACUUCCGCCCGCCCCAGGAGGUCAGCCCUGAGCAACUGGACCUCACCCCCACCCCUGGAAUCACCUCCAGCCCCCAGCCCUUCCAACUGUGCGCCCUGAGCCACUGAGAGACCCUGUGAUUCUGCGACCCUGCCUUACUGCAUCUGCUAGACCUUGCUACAGCCACUGACCCCUCACACUGGAUCCUUCAGCCAUUGAGACCCCUCAGCCAGAGAGACCCAACCUGACUGCAGCCACGAGAACCCUCAAACAGGAUUGGACUGUUGGCCAAAUGAUAAAUGUUAAAGGGAAAGUCUCAUGUAAAUCAUUUGUUGGCUUAGUAACAGUUCAACUGUCCACACAGGUUUUAGGAACUAAA